AAAAUUUUGUGUUUUGUCACUGCGGCAUCUAGAGAAACAGAAAGCUUCUUCUACAAUUUUGCAAAUUUCUUGAAUUUCCUUUGAAUUUCUCCAUAAAAAAAUCAAACUAAAAUCAAUUAUAACAUGUCUGUAGAUAUUGCAAGAGACAUUCCCAAAUCUGGAUUCAAUUUCGAUAACUGCAAGAGGAAUGCUCAACUCUUACAAAAUGGAUUUGUACCUCCAAAGGUUGUCAAAACCGGAACAACAAUUGUUGGAAUCAUCUAUAAGGAUGGUGUAAUUCUUGGCGCCGAUACUCGAGCCACUGAAGGACCAAUUGUCUCAGACAAGAAUUGUUCGAAAAUUCAUUAUUUGGCCAAGAAUAUGUAUUGUUGUGGAGCUGGUACCGCCGCAGACACAGAAAUGACAACUGAUUCAAUUGCCUCUCAAUUGGAAUUACAUCGCUUGAAUACUGGCCGUCAAGUCCCAGUUGUAGCAGCCAACACUUUGCUCAAGCAGAUGUUGUUCCGUUACCAAGGACACAUUAGUGCCGCUUUGGUUUUGGGUGGAGUUGAUAAAACUGGCGCCUACAUUUAUUGCAUUCAUCCUCACGGUUCCACCGACAAACUUCCAUACGCGACAAUGGGAUCGGGAAGUUUGGCUGCCAUGUCUGUGUUUGAGUCACGUUGGAAGCCCGAUAUGGAAGAGGAAGAAGGCAAGUUGCUUGUGCGCGAUGCUAUUCGUGCUGGUAUCUUUAACGAUUUGGGUUCCGGAUCAAAUGUUGAUUUGUGUGUGAUUCGUAAAGAUUCAUGUGAUUAUUUGAGAAAUUAUGAAUUGUCGAAUCAGAAGGGUGAAAGGAAGUUGAAUUAUGAUUUCAAAUUGGGAACCACCGCUGUACUGGAUACUAAAAUCCAUAAAUUCGAAAUUACCGAAGAGGUUUUACCAGUUCCAAUGGAAGAAUAAGAAGAAUUUUGGUUGAGGAAGUUGAAGAAACAAAAAAAUAAAAUUAUAAAUGUAUGUUUGUAAAAUGAUUUAUACAAUUUAAUCCAAUUGAAUGGGAGUAAAACGGUAUUGACCUUUUUUUCUAAUUAAAA